AUGAACUAAUAAGCCUCAAAUAAUUACUCGGCUUAAGGUAUCAAUGAUCAAAUUUCAUAAGUUCAUUCUCCUAUAUACAAUGAGAGAUAGACCUCUGGCCACGGGGAUCAUAAUUCUCCCUUUAUCAGGACUCAAAAUUAAAAACAUAAUCAUUAAUUAUACAUGGAAAAUAACAUGAUGGGUUCAGACACCUUUAGCAAUAACAUAAACUAUUACAAUUAGAAUACAAGUGGUCAAUAAAACAUGGGCUAUAGUUCAAAUCUUAAUGCUUAUUCUAAUAAUGCUAAUUAACUAGCGACCAUUCAGCAUUAGAAUUAGAAUAGACGGUCAAUUAGCAAUAACUCUACCAAAUCGAUUCAAGGACCUAAAAUGUCUUAAUUUAUAACUGCAGCAUCUAGUGUACCUGCUAUUCCAGGAAAAAAUCAAAGGAUAUUGAUAAACAAGCCAAGAGGAGUGUCAUCCUCUAAAUCCGCUAAUAGAAUAUUUAACCGAUCUUAAUAUGGCAGAUAGAGCAAUAAAUUUUAUGAGCAAGGAGGGCCAUUUUCCUCAUUUAUUUCAAAUACCCAAACUGCUAACAACAAGUCUUUUAAUGCGACUAACAAGAGAUUUGAUACAAAUUAGGAGAUGAAAGAGCUUUUCAAUAAGGAUCCAGGUCCAGGAAGCUAUUCCUUAUCAACAGCUGAAUCAUCAGUAAUGACAGGCUCAACUGCAAGUUAAAGUACAAAGGGAGUAGGGAAUGGGUUUGUUUCUAAGACUGAAAGAUUUAAAGAAACAGGAAUGCAUCAAAUUAUUGAUCCAUUGAUUACUGUAGGUCCAGGUUCUUAUAAUCCGCAGCAAAUUGAUCGACAUAUAGCAGCGCCAAAAAUAGAUGCUAAGGCAGGAUUUACACUACCCUUCAACGAGAAAAAUCCUUUGAAUUAUGUCAGACCAAUAACUGUCAAUAUCUAUUUCAAAUAAUAAUAUCCUGGAGUUGGAACAUACAAUCCAGAGAGAAUACAAGGAAAUAUCUAGGCUUGUUAAAAUGUGUUUUAAUCUUAAGCAGAUAGGAGUACUAUUACUAAAAGACUUAACUAGGCAGCUAAUGAACCAGCACCUAACUCCUACGAUCACCUUAACGGCUUUGAUCUUAUCGAAAGAGAUAGAGAUGCUGGAACAAAGCCAUUUAAACUGCCUAUACCUAAGAAAAUUAUCUAAGUGAAUAUCUAUGAUCCACAUUCUGCUCCUGAAGACAAGAAGUAUAAAGGAGCUCCAGGGCCAGGUAAAUAUGAUAUACCUACAUAGUUUCUUGGAGAGCAGGAGGUUGAAGAUAAAAGCAAGGCCUUCUUUAAGAAUCAAGGGAAAAUCUAUGUGGAAAACAACCUUGAUAGAUUCGGCAGACCAGUAAUGCCUAGAAAACCAAAGGAUCUUGUUCCAGGGCCCGGAUAAUAUGAAAUAAGCACACCAAGAGGAGGAUAAGAAGAUGAAGUUUUAACUACUAAAGGUGGGUAUAUACCAAUAGAUGAAAAUAAAAUAUUCCCAGUACCAAUAAGCAAAGGACUGCCAGGCCCAGCAUACUAUAAUCCUAGUCAAGAGCCAAAGAAAAUAUCAUUUAUGUUUAAUGCUGCUGAGAAAUGGACACACUGA